CCACCAUCCAACUCCUCCUCCCACGAACAACCACCUCUUCCGAUGACGGCCUGCAAAGAACAGGCUUGAGGCUUGACUGUCCCACCAAGCUCCACCCGACCCAAUCGUCAACUAAUAUUCACUCGUGAAAGAAAUAGUCAACCUCGUGGCAGCCACGCCCGAGCCGGUUUUUGACGCGUCAUAAACCAAAUCUCCACCGCGGACAAGCGAGGGCGCGCUAUCCAGCACUAGCGCCACAAAAUGGCCUCGUAGUGCGGUGGAUGCCCGAUUCUCUCGGUAGGAAUCGGCCGUGUGAUAAGAUUGAUAAAACACCCGAAAAAGGUGGGGAGCGACGCCAGUCCAGUCCGAACUUGUUGAUCCUAUCCCCGUUGCAGGAAGCACUCAGCCUUGUGUCUUGUCCUGCACUGCUGUGUCGAGUCAGGUCGAGCCAUUGAUCGCGCCAUCGAGAAUGAGACUGUCGCAUGAGCUGUGACAAACAGUUCCUUCCUCCGACCGCGAUGGAGGAUUCAUCGCGUCCCGCGUCCGACCCGCGACAUCAUUUCCGGUACUCGUCCAGCUCCGGGUCGAUUGAUUUACCGUGGUUUCUGCACCUCGAUCAUGAAGAUGAGGUCGUGUGUGAUGUGGUCGAUGGGCAGGUGGUCGUCAAAUCGGGGACGUUGGCUGGGUUGGUCGAGCAAUUGACGCGUCAUGAUCGGUUGGAUGCCGCGUUCAACGAGACGUUUCUGAUGACGUUUAAUACGUUCACGAGUGCAUCGGUGCUGUUUGAGAUGCUGGUGGAGAGGUUUUUUAUCAAGCCGCCGGAUGAGUUGGAUGAGGUGGAAUUGCAGCAGUGGGUGGAGCAUAAACAGCAUGCUAUUCGAUUGAGGGUUGUUAAUGUCUUGAGGAAUUGGUUGGAGCGGUUUUGGAUAGAGCCGGAUAAUGAAGAUACGAGGGGUUUCCUGCGACAUGCUCAGACGAUCGUUAAGGACUCGCCGGAGAUGAUGGCCACGCCGACAUCGUCUCAUCUUCUCACUAUCAUCGACCAGCGCUUGCAAGGUCAUCAAACUAUGCGACGACUCAUCCGUACGCCUACAUCAUCUGCGCCAGCUCCUGUCGUCCCUAAAAACAUGAAGAAGAUGAAGCUCCUCGACGUCGACCCAGUGGAGUGUGCGCGCCAACUCACAAUCAUCGAAUCCGGCUUCCACGGCCGAAUAAAGCUCUCCGAGUGUCUGAACAAGGGAUGGCAGAAGCGAGGCCCCGAUGACUCCGAUCCCUCGACGGCCGUGAACGCCAUGAUUCUUCAUUCUAACAAACUGGCUAACUGGGUCGCCGAAACGAUCCUCAAUCAAAGCAAUAUGAAGAAACGCGUGGCGGUGAUGAAAUACUUCGUGAGCGUGGCUGAUCAAUGCCGUGCCUUCAACAACUUCGCUACCUUAAUGUCUAUAAUCUCCGGGCUGGGCUUGACCCCCGUCUACCGACUCCGCUUCACCUGGAGCCAAGUCAGCCGCCGCACACUAGCGAAUCUAGACGAGCUGCGCCAUCUAAUGGGAAGCACACGAAACUUCGUCCAAUAUCGCGAGACCCUACGAAGCAGUGCCCCUCCCUGCGUUCCUUUCCUCGGAAUCUACCUAACAGACCUAACCUUCCUCGACGACGGCAUACCCAACCACACCUCCACCGGCCAGAUAAACUUCACGAAGCGCCAGAAAACAGCCGAAGUGCUUCACGACCUCCAGCAGCACCAGACCACGCCGUACCCGUUCCAGCCCGUCCCGGAGCUCCAGGACUACCUAGUCCAGGGCAUCCAGGCCGCAGGCGACGUACACGACAUGUACGAGCGGAGUCUGGAUCUGGAGCCCAGGCAGCAUGGGGAGGAGGACUUGCCUGGUGGUCAGGGAGCUGGGUAUGUUGCUACCGGGAGUCAUAUGAGUUCGGUGGUUAUUGCUAGUAUGGUUUUGAAGUCGUGAUGGCUUUUUCUUUGAGUGGGUUGGUUGCUUUUUGGGGGUUUAUGUUGAAGGCUUUCUUUUGGGGGCUUUCUUUAUGGGCACGUGUUAUGCGUUAUGAUUGGGAGGGUGAUUAUUUUUACGACUGGUUUAUUUCUAGCUUAUUCUUACGACCAAAAGUCUUGUUCACUGUAUUAUAUGCAGAUGAUACACCAAUUGUUCAAGGGCUACCAGAAGGGCCCUGAACUACAAAAGCAUUGAAAUGAAGAAGUCACGAUCGUCA